AUGUCUGGGACACGGCCAAUGUUUGGUGACGUCAGAAGCUUUGAGAGCUGCCCCGAGGGUAGCCGAAGCGAAGAGACUGAGGUUGGAUCCCUGGGGGUGAGGAACUCGUGCGACACGCCUCUAUUCCUCCGCACCCGAGGCGGCGCUGUGUCACAGGAGCCCCGGCGUCUCAGGCUGGUGCUGAACUGGACUCCCGGGAUGCACCGCGUGUACCCGGCUACAGCUGCCGGUGGCAAGGGGGGAUCAGCCGGGGCCGGAGCCCUGGUGCUCAGGCACCAGGGGCAGCCCGGCUCGGGGCCCGCCCUCCGCGGGCUCAGAGCGGCCCGGGGACGGGCUCGGCGCCCUCCCCGUUGUCGGCCCCUUCUCCUGCCGGACGUCCCGGGCCGGGCCGAAGGCGGAGGGGGGGACGGGCCAGAAUCGGACUCCCCGGAGCCGUCCGAGUCUCAGCCUCGCCGGGGCCCCGGCUCCACACGGAGGGCCAUGGCCGCGGCGGCGCCGACUUCGGUCCCAGUGAAGUUUGAUGAUGUGGCCAUAUAUUUCUCACAGCAAGAGUGGGAUAUUCUUGAUGAUUGGCAGAAAGACCUUUACAAGCACGUGAUGAGGGCCAAUUAUUCAACCCUGGUUUCCUUAGAUUAUACCAUUCCCAAACCAGAUUUGAUAUUUCGGAUUGAAUUAGGAGAAGUAUUAUUUGUCGGGAAUUGGGGAAAUUUGGAACAAACAGAAAUAGGAGUCAGCCUGAGUGCUUAUGAGCAUUUCAACUUGAAGGUCACUGAAAAGCAUCUGUUUAGGGGGAACCAUGGAGUUAUACGAACAAAAAAGGAAGGAGGUGAUUUAGAUGGUUCUCAAAAUCAGUGCUCUGAGAAAAGGAAAGAGAUUUCUUCCAAAUCAAAUCAAAAAGGCACUGUGGAAUAUCUAUGCCUCCAAGACAUGCAGACUCCAAUUCCAAAAUUAGAGGACUCUACCCAGAGUGACAGAAGUGAGAGCCACAAAACCUUCAGCUCACCCAAUCACCAGGAAUCCUCCUCAGGACAAAAAAUUUGCUCCUAUCCUGUCUUAGGGAAAAAUGUCCAGGCAAAAGGACUUCAAGUAAAACACCAUAGCAACCACACAAAGAACAAUCCGUGCACAUGUUCAAAAUGCAAAGAAAAAGUGAGAAAACAGUCUGGCUUACAUUUGCAUUAUGGGAAGAAGUGCUUCCAGUCUAAUGAAUGUGAGAAGAACUUUAGCUACAAUAUGAAUCGGCAUUAUCGCCAGUUCAUACCUGUAGGGAAAAAGCUAUUCCAGUGUUCCGAAUGUGAUAGGAGCUUUCGAUGGGAGGCUGGUUUAAAAUCCCACCAGAGCCUACACAGUGGAAACGGGCAAUUUUCCUGUAAUACAUGUGGCAAGGUUUUCAUUCGGAAAGCUAGGUUUAUCACCCAUAUCAAAUUACACACAAGUGAGAAUCCUUUUCAUUGCCCAGUGUGUGGCAAGAGAUUCUUUAAGAGGAAGUACCUCCUCAGACACCAGCAGCUCCAUUCAGGGAAAAGGCCUUUUCAGUGUCCUGAGUGUGGUAAGACUUUCUGUCGAAAAUCCUACAUGAAGGCCCAUCAGCGCUUACACAGCACAGAGAGGCCGUUUGCCUGCACACAGUGUGAAAAAGACUUCACUCACCAAUAUAAACUCACUGAACAUAUGCGGGUACAUAGUGGGGAAAAGCCUUUCCAGUGCCCUGAGUGUGAUAAGAGCUUUAGCCGAAAGUCCCACAUGAAGGCCCAUCGACGCUUACACAGUCGGGACUGGCCUUUUUCCUGUAGAGAAUGUGGCAAAGGCUUCACCCAGCGGUAUAGACUCACCAGACAUAUGAGGGUGCAUAGUGGAGAGAAGCCCUUCCAGUGCACGGAAUGUGGCAAGAGCUUCCGACAGAAGGCAAGCCUUCUUCAUCACCAGCUCAUGCAUAUGGGAGACAUUGCCUUUCUCUUUAAGUGCCCGGAGUGCAAUAAGAGCUUCCACCAGAAGAAAAGUCUGCUCAACCAUCAACUCAUGCACACAGGUGAGAGACCCUUUCAGUGUCCCAAAUGUGAUAAGAGAUUCCGUCUCAAGGGCAACAUGAAGGCCCACCAGCGCCUGCACAGCGGCAUCAGACCGUUCUCCUGCGGAGUUUGUGGCAAGGGCUUCACUCAUAAGUCCAAGCUGACCAGCCACACCAAGGUACACACUGAGGAGAAGCCCUUUCAGUGUCCUCAGUGUAAUAAGAGCUUCUGCCACAAGAGGAGCCUGAUUAAUCACCAGUUGGUACACACAGGGGAGAGACCCUACCAUUGCCCUGACUGUAACAAGAGCUUCUCUUCUAAGGCCUAUGUAAAGGCCCACCAGCGAAUACAUAAGGGAGAGAAGCCAUUUUCCUGUAGUGAGUGUGGCAAGAACUUCACCAAUCAGUUUAGGCUCACAGAACACAUCCGAGUGCACACUGGGGAGAAGCCCUUCCAGUGCCCUGAGUGUGACAAGAGCUUCCGUCAGAAGAGGAGCCUCAUCAACCAUCAGCUUGUUCACACAGGUGAGAGACCCUUCCAGUGCCCUGAAUGUAAUAAAAGCUUCCGCUGGAAGGCUGGCAUGAAGGCCCAUCAGCGUCUGCAUAGGGGCGAGAGGCCCUUUCAGUGCCCUGACUGUGACAAGAGCUUCUCUUUGAAGGCCUAUCUGAAGGCCCACCAGCGAAUACAUAAGAGGGAGAAACCAUUUUCCUGUAGUGAAUGUGGCAAGAACUUUGCUGAUCAGUUUAGGCUCACGGAGCACAUCCGAGUGCAUACUGGGGAGAAGCCCUUCCAGUGCCCUGAGUGUGACAAGAGCUUCCGUCAGAAGAGGAGUCUGACAAACCACCAGCUUGUACACACAAGUGAAAAACCCUUUCAGUGCCCUGAGUGCAACAAGAGCUUCCGGUGGAAGGCUGGAAUGAAGGCCCAUCAACGUUUGCACAAGGGCGAAAGAGUGUUUUCCUGCAGUGAAUGUGACAAAUGUUUUUCUAAGCAAUCUAAACUUGAUGAGCAUAUCCAAGUUCACAGUGGAGAUGAACCCUCCUAGUGUUCUAAAUGUGACAAGCUUCCAGUAACAAAAAAGCAAAAAAGGUGCCUCAAUAACCAUCUGGCCCGCCAGUGCCUAGCUAAUAGUGAGACACCCUUCUGCAAGCAGGGGAGGCAAAGGCUGCUCUCAGCAGUCUGAAUGCAUCCCCUACGUGGACUUAGCCGCCACGAUCAUAACUUGGCAGCACUUUGGACCAAUAACAGGGUCACUGGAGCUAAGACAGAAUUGACAACAUCAAGGAUGUCCUUGAGCUUCCAGAGUAUAAAAUGUUCUUUCUUCCUCCUUCAAAUUUCCUAAAGCACUUUGUCUAAAUCUCUCCAUGGCCUCUGUUAUACUCUCUUUCACGUAUCCUACUUAUCUUUGUGCAUGGGAUCUCAAUUCCCCCUCUUAAUUGCUCCUCUCUCUCCCAAAAUGUAAGCAACUUGAAGGCAAGGACUGUUAUUUUUUUAAUCUUUGUAUCCCCAGCAUCUAACACAGUACCUUGCACACAGUAGGCACUUAAUGAGUGUUUCUUGAAUUUAAUUAAAUUUGGCACAACUGUUGGCUAUCUGAGAAACCACAGUAGCCAAUAGACUAGCCUAGAAGGUGGAAAUCCAGAACUGAGGGCUUUUGUAAUGCAAAGAUGAUAGCCCACAUAGUAAACUUGGAAACUUCAUAAUUGUAAUCAUGCUUCCUCUUCUUUGCUGGAAAAAGUCAUUUGGUCCCAUAAUCCAAUUCCUGCUUCUUUCACAGUACCACUGAGAAGCUUCUUUACCAAAUAGCGAGAGCACCUUGAAACUGGAACCCGUAUGGGAAAUUAAAAAAAAAAAAAAAAAAAAAAAAA